UGAGUUUUCACUUUGAAGAGACGUCGCAUGAAACGUGUGGAAUAUCAAUGACGACUGUUUUUAGCUUAAAGACCUGAAGAGUCACUUUAUGAAUUCUGUUCCCAGCACAGUGAUGUCACAGACACACAGCUCAGGCAGAGUUAGCGACACUUUGAGGAGCAGCUGAAGAUCCGGGUGAGCUGAAGAGAGUGAUGCUGGGCUGACCCGAGUUAAAAGGGAUCCAGUGCAAAACAGUGGAAAGAGGGCAGGCAGGUGUGAUACUGAAAUCCUUCCCAGGAGUCAGAGCGUGAAACAGAUGGUGUGACCAGAGAGCUGUAGCACAAGAAAAAACAAGUCAGUGGGUUCUGCAGCUGAAUGACAGCAUGGCAGCAGCAUUUGGACCACAAGGCACUUUUCCCAGACGUCGCAGGAACAGCUUUGGAUUUCUGCCACCCUACAUGUCUGAGCUCAGAGCUGUCCUGCUGGGGAACAGCUGGUCUGAGAGGAGCUCAGUGGGAAACCUGUUACUGGGAGAGAACAAGUUCAACCCUGAGGAAGAACUGGACCCAUGUGUGAGAGUCAGUGGACACAUUCAAGGGAAAGAAAUAGUUCUCAUCAACACUCCAGAUCUGCUUCAUCUUAAAAUCUCUGAGGACAAAAUAAAGGAACAUGUAGAAACCUGUGUGAGGCUCUCUGAUCCUGGACCUCAUGUGUUCCUGCUGGUUCUGCAGACUGAAGACUUCACUGAGCAUCAAAGAGUGAGACUCUGCAGAGUCCUGAACUUCUUCAGUGAUCAUUCCUUUAAUCAUUCACUGGUUCUGAUAUCACCACCCAGACAGAGGCGUCCGGGUUCAGGGCAUCGUGUCAUGUAUCGUACACCUAUACAGGAAAUGAUCAGACGAUGUAAAAACAAGUCACUGCAGCUUGAAAACCUCACCAUGCAGGAGUUACUAGAAAACAUGGAACGCAUUGUAGAAAUGAGCAAUGGAACACAUGUGAUCUGUCGUCACACCAGCGCUCAACAAAGAAAAGAAGCUCCUGUUACUCUGAAUUAUCCUCAGCCUGUUGGACGUAGACUCUGCAUUUUGCUGUUUGGAGGGAACUCAGCAAAGAAGACAGAACUCUGUAACUUUAUUGUGAAGAAAAAAAUUACGAUUUUCAGGAUUUACUCCAGGCAGACAAGUUUUCCAUGGAGAGUGGAGAGGAAAACCUUUAACAGUAGUGAAAACUCCUGA